AACCGGAACAAACAAACGCAAAAGUGGAGCGGCCGCGAAGUGUUUUAACAGUUUGAGUCACAAUGGGGGGCUCACAUUUCGCCAGGACGCGGAGGAGAAGCAGCGGGGCGGCCGCGCUGCUGUGCCCGCUCCUCGGUGCGUGUCUGUGGGCUGCGGUGGUCGGAUACAAGCCGGUGAUCGUGGUGCACGGUUUGUUCGACAGCUCGGAGGACUUCAAAAACCUCAAGCGCUUCAUUAACGAGUCUCAUCCGGGGACAAACGUGACCGUCAUCGACCUGUUCGACAGAAGCUCCAGCCUGCAGCCCAUGUGGAAACAGGUGGAAGGGUUCAAGGCAGCUAUUUAUCCAAUAAUGCAGAACGCAGCGGACGGGGUGAACCUGAUCUGCUACUCUCAAGGUGGGCUGGUGUGCAGAGGGAUCCUCUCCACUCUGUCUGACCACAAUGUUCACUCCUUCAUCUCUCUGUCGGCGCCGCAGGCCGGGCAGUACGGAGACACGGACUAUUUUAAAGUUUUCCCUCAUUUUGUGAAGUCCAACCUUUACCACUUCUGUUACACUGGAGUCGGUCAACUGAUCUCCAUCUGCAACUACUGGAACGACCCCCACCACAGAGACCUGUAUCUGAACAACAGUGAAUAUUUGGCUUUGCUCAACAGCGAACGACCGAACCCGAACUCAACAGAAUGGAAGAUGAACUUCCUCAAAAUCCAGAGGCUGGUGCUGAUCGGAGGACCAGACGAUGGAGUCAUCACUCCCUGGCAGUCCAGCCAGUUUGGAUUUUAUGACGACAACGAGACCGUCGUGGAGAUGCAGCACCAAGACCUGUAUUUAAAAGACGUGUUCGGUCUGAAGACGCUGGCGGCUCGAGGAGAUCUGAUCCUCUGCUCGUUUCCGGGCGUCGAACACGUCCAGUGGCACUCCAACGAGACCGUUUUCCACACGUGCAUGGAGAAGUGGCUGGUCUAGAACCAACACGUGCGUGUUCUGCAGCGUUCUGCGCGCCCAGCGUUUCAAACGAUAAGGCUGAGAGUCG